AUGCAAGCAAAGAUGCGUGAGAAGCUGACGUCUGCACGCUUUCGGCAUCUCAACGAGACCUUGUAUACCGCUCCAUCCGAGAAGGCGCUGGAGCUGUUCGACAAGAACCCGGAAAUGUUCGAGGACUAUCAUUCUGGCUUCCGGCAGCAGGUCACUGCGUGGCCAGAGAACCCGGUGGACACCUUCAUCGCCACGAUUCAGUCUGCUCCUGGCAAGCUCGCUGCACUUCCGCGUACACAUGGCACGGCAAUUAUAGCGGACUUGGGAUGUGGCGAUGCACGUCUGGCUCAGACUCUUAAAGAUUCUGGUGACGUGCAGAAGCUGCAGCUCAAGGUGCUUUCAUAUGACCUGCAUUCUCCGUCACCUCUGGUCACGAAGGCCGACAUAUCAAAUCUACCGACUCCUGAUGGCUCGGUCGAUGUCGCAAUAUUUUGCUUGGCGCUCAUGGGCACGAAUUGGAUAUCCUUUAUCGAGGAAGCAUAUCGGAUACUGCACUGGAAAGGCGAGCUGUGGGUGUCAGAAAUCAAAUCACGUUUCGGCCGCGUAGGCAGAGCCGGGAAACCUGUUGAGCACCGCGUUGGUGGCAAGAGGAAGCUAGCUGCCAUGAAGAAAGCGCAAGAAAAGAAAGCGCAAGAGCAGGAAGAGAUCAAUGAGCAAGAGACGUUGGCUGUCGCUGUUGAUGGUGUCGAGACGAAGAAGCAAGAGACCGAUGUCAGUGCUUUCGUCGAUGUACUGCGAAGACGGGGAUUUGUGCUCAAGGAUGGCGAAAACAGCAUUGAUUUGAGCAACAAGAUGUUCGUGAAGAUGGAAUUUGUCAAGGCAGCGCAGCCGGUAAAGGGCAAGAACAAACCUGAGGCAAGCGCCAAGGAUUCUGGAGAGAAGAAGGGUGGCUUCGUCAAGAAGGAGUCUUGGAAGAAAUCGAAAUUUCUCGACGAGGACAACAAGGAUGAUGUCGCUACUGACGAUGAGGCUAAGACACUGAAGCCGUGUCUGUACAAGAUCAGAUGA